UUAAGCUAAUGUACUGUAGGUGGUUUGGUGGUGUAGUUCCUGGGUCCUGUUGGCUGGUUGGCGGAAUGGCCAGUAGAGGAAAAGAGAGCACUGGAGAGAGAGAGAGCGCUGUCUCUGCCAAGACUCAAGGCGACAUCAUGCGAAUCUGGUCCGUCUCGUCUGGUGGAUUCAUUUCAGGUUUAUUUUGUCGACGGCACCGACCUCCGACAUGGCGGCCGGUCUGACGCGCGUUCGCCAGCUUCCAGCAGGAUCUUGUACCCGCGCGUGCCACGCACUACAUCGAGGCGGUGCCAAACACUGACGACGGGAGCCUCUUUGUCGCAGCCAACGAUGGCCACUGUCCAGUGCAGCCAUUCGUUGGACUCGGAGAUUGCUCGCUUCUUCGGUUUUGCACCAUUUACCACCACAGGGACAGUCCCUCGUACUGUGCUGGUGCCGGUGCAGUUCUUGCAGUGUAGAGUACACGCUGACGCAUUUUCAGCUGCUACUGGACCCUUUUUUUCUUCCCUUUUCCCUUUUCCCUUUUUCUCUCUUUCCCCCCCUCCCCCUCCAAGUCGCCACCUCGUGCGCGCAAGAUUACUUUUAGCCGGCGCUGAUUUGCACUUCCAAGACCGACUAAAGACCCCCCUUGAUGGAUGUCGUGUCGACCGUUGCAAGAUUCGCGAGGUUCGGGCCGCAACAUGUGCUUUGAUUGCUUGGACUUGGACUUGGCCUCGGCGUUGUCCUACACGCCAUCACGUUGGAAUGCUGCCAUCAUCAGCCUAUCAUGUCCUGUCUUGUCUUGAACUGAAGCUGAUAUUGAAUGGCCCUCGUGUGCAAGUCAUGCGUGCCCUCUUGCUCUGGCCUGGCCGAGGCUACUAAUGCACUCAUCUCAUUCCACAGGAAUUCUCUCGACAAUCCCUAAUCCCUAUUGCGGGGUUGAACGGGGGGGACUAGCGUACGAAGCCGUCUUGGGAAAAGUGGAAGAUCUAGGAUUGGUGUUGCAGUAGCCGAUUGGACUGGAGCCUCCAACGUUGUUGAUCCCGUUGGAGGCCUGUUUGCAAGUCAAACAGCCAAGCAUCUCGCAGCCGCGCCCUUUGCUUGAUGACGUCGGCAGGUACCGUAGUUGCGUAGAUACUUUGGAACUUUGGGACUUGGCAAAACGGUUUGCUGGAUGAGGAAAUGCGAGCGACCAGCAUGACGCAGACGAACCCGCUCGGGAUUGGGAUUGAAACCCUUGAGGCAAAUUGG